UGAGGCCUGUAUAGGUCAGUUCCCAUUCCUCUUUACCAGUGUUACUAUCAGCUGAGGACGCGGAGGAGAUCAGGUUGAGGAGCGGGAGACCUAGAUUAGAGUCUGGACUUUGUGGGGUCUUAAUUUGGGUGCAUAAUAAAUAGGGAAACUCGCACCUUACCUUACCCGUGCACAAGACUUAAUGCUUCCAUUUUACAGAUGGGGAAACUGCACCUUAGCAAUUAUCUGUUGGCAGGUCUAAGGUCACCGAGUGAUGGGCAUUGCCAACGCCGAAGUCUUUAGGAAGCGAUUCAGCCCUCGUUGCCCACACAGUUGGCCGCUCCUGAAUGCGAUCCACUGGGGUCAUGUCAGAGCGAGAAGAACGACGCUUUGUAGAGAUCCCUCGGGAGUCUGUCCGGCUCAUGGCAGAAAGCACGGGCCUGGAGCUGAGUGAUGAAGUGGCUGCCCUGCUGGCAGAGGAUGUUUGCUACCGUCUCAGAGAGGCCACACAGAAUAGCUCUCAGUUCAUGAAGCACACCAAACGUCGGAAGCUGACAGUUGAGGACUUCAACAGGGCCCUCAGAUGGAGCAGUGUGGAAGCUGUGUGUGGUUAUGGAUCCCAGGAAGUACUGCCCCUGCGCUCUGCCAGGGAGGGUGAGCUCUACUUUCCUGAGGACCGAGAGGUGAACCUGGUGGAGUUGGCCCUGGCUACCAACAUCCCCAAAGGCUGUGCUGAGACAGCUGUCAGAGUUCACGUCUCCUACUUGGAUGGCAAAGGGAACCUGGCACCUCAAGGAUCAGUACCCAGUGCCGUGUCUUCCCUGACGGAUGACCUUCUCAAGUACUAUCAGCAGGUGACUCGGGCUGUGCUAGGGGAUGAUCCACAGCUAAUGAAGGUUGCACUCCAGGACUUGCAGACAAACUCGAAGAUUGCAGCACUUUUGCCUUACUUUGUUUAUGUGGUCAGUGGGGUAAAAUCUGUAAGCCACGACCUAGAGCAGUUGCAUCGGCUUCUGCAGGUGGCACGGAGUCUGGUUCGGAAUCCACACCUCUGCCUGGGUCCCUACGUCCGCUCCCUAGUGGGCAGUGUCCUGUACUGUGUCCUGGAGCCACUGGCUGCUUCCAUCAACCCCCUAAAUGACCACUGGACUCUGCGGGAUGGCGCUGCCCUCCUGCUCAGCCACAUCUUCUGGACUCAUGGAGACCUUGUAAGUGGCCUCUAUCAACAGAUCCUGCUCUCGCUGCAGAAGGUCCUGGUGGACCCUGUGCGGCCUCUCUGCUCUCACUAUGGAGCUGUAGUGGGGCUACAUGCUCUUGGCUGGAAGGCAGUAGAACGAGUCCUGUACCCACACCUAUCCACUUACUGGACAAACUUGCAGGCUGUUCUGGAUGAUUAUUCAGUAUCUAAUGCCCAAGUCAAAGCAGAUGGGCACAAAGUCUAUGGAGCCAUUCUGGUGGCCAUAGAGCGACUGCUGAAGAUGAAGGCCCAGGCAGCAGAGCCCAACAGAGGUGGCUCAAGAAGCAGGGGGUGCAGGCUUCCAGAAGACCUGCCUUGGGACAGCCUUCUCCUGCAAGAGUCUCCCUCUGGGGGCGGUGCAGAGCCAGGCUUUGGGUCUGGACUCCCGCUACACCCAGGGGGAGCGGGACCGGAGGACCCUUCUCUUUCGGUGACCCUGGCAGACAUCUACCGGGAGCUAUACGCCUUCUUCGGUGACAGUUUGGCAACUCGUUUCGGCACGGGCCAGCCCGCACCCACAGCCCCCCGGCCACCCGGGGACAAGAAGGAGCCGACUGCAGCCCCAGACUCGGUGCGGAAGAUGCCGCAGCUGACUGCCAGUGCCGUGGUCAGUCCGCAGGGCGACGAGAGCCCUCGAGGCGGCGGUGGACCCACGUCGGCCUCCGCGUCCGCCGCCUCCGAGAGCAGGCCGCUGCCGCGCGUGCACCGGACGCGCGGGGCGCCCCGACAGCAGGGUCCUGGCGCCGGCACCCGCGACGUCUUCCAGAAAAGCCGUUUCGCCCCGCGUAGUGCUCCCCACUUCCGGUUUAUUAUAGCCGGGCGGCAGGCCGGGAGGCGCUGUCGCGGGCGUCUGUUCCAAACUGCCUUCCCAGCGCCGUACGGGCCCAGCCCGGCUUCCCGCUACGUGCAGAAGCUGCCCAUGAUUGGCCGCACUGGCCGCCCCGCCCGCCGCUGGGCGCUGUCGGACUACUCCCUGUACCUGCCGCUCUAGGGCGGGGUGGGCUGGGGAGACGCCCCUACCUCUGUAAAUAAAGCCCCUCCCGGAA